UGUAUGUAUUCUUCAUUUUUAGAGCUUAUAACUGGUGCUGGUGGUAAAAGUAGAACAUGUUAUGAAUUUUUGCUAGACUGAAAUUGCAUUUUUAGUGUCAACAGCACCAGCUUAAUAAGCUGAACUGUUGAUGAAUGUAAGAAGAAGGUUAGCGACCUAAUGGUGAAGGCCCGUAAAAAAGAAAGAGCCAGGGUGCAGUAUGAGCGGGGCACGGGUGGAGGACCCCCUUCAGAGGAAUUGAGUCCUCUAGAAAAAAAGAUGCUGGAACUCCUUCCUUUGGAAUCGGUACAUGGCCAUGAAGAUGGUUUUGAUACCUUCAAGCCCAGUUCUUCAUCAUCAAUGCAUGGUCUGGGUAACUCAUCCAAGUCUGCUGUAAUUGAAUACAAGGUUGAUGACAGCACGCCUGAGCCCAGUGAUAUUCAGUGUCAGCAAAGUCAGAAAGCUGCCAGUGUGAGUUCCACACCAAGCAAAAGAGAGAAGACGCCACAGAAAAGGAAAAUAGGUGAUGUUACAGCUUACCAGGAAAGGCUGAUGGACUUACAAGAGCAGCAGCUCAAACUAAAGCGAAUGAAAAUAGAGGAAAUGCAGAAGAUGCGAAAGGUUGAAGAGCAGAAGUUGGAGGAAUUGAAGAAGAUCCAUACUUCUGUGGAUGCCCUUUUGUCAUUUGUUAUGCUAAAUCAGUGUUAAGUAGAGUAUAAAUCGUCAGGACUCCAGUACUUGUAGUUAAUGACUUGAAACCAUUUCAACCUUGCACCACUCAAAAUGUGCAGUUCCAUGAGUUACACAUG